AAGGACUUCACCCUUCACACCUCACAGGCAGCUGCCCCCAAAACCCAAGCCAAACCCCAGCCAUGCCGCCGGGCGCAGCCCCCACCCUGCUCGGCCUCGCGCCCCCGCGCCCGCGCUGCUCCGGCCUCCGCUUCCUUCCCCCCACCGCCUCCCCCUUCCGCCCCAGGCCCGCAUCUUUCGCUCCGCCGUUCCCCAAACCCAGACCCAGCGCCGCCGCCGUCCAUGCCUCCGCGCCCGCUUCCGACUCCUCAUUCCCCUCCUCCCCGACCCCGCCCGCGCGGCCACCGGGCCCACCGGAGCCCCCCUCCACCGUGGCCCACGCGGGCCGCAGCAAGAAGAAGAAGAACCCCCAGGGCGGGGGCGGCGGCGGGGGCCGCAUCGAGGGGAGCGGGGACAUGCGGCGGGAGGCCAAGGCGAAGGCGCGCGUCCGCAGCCGCCGCAUGGGCGAGAACGCCUUCUACCGCCGCAAGCGCCGCGCCGCCGCCGCGGCGGCCUCGGGCCAGGCGGACGUCUUCACCGACGCGGAGCUCGAGAUGAUCGGGAUGGGGUACGACCGCGCCGUCCGCUUCAUGGACGGGCCCGACGACCCGCGGCUCCGCCACCCGCACGACUGGUACAAGUACGGCCGCUACGGGCCCUACCACUGGCGCGGCAUCGUCGUCGGCCCGCCCAUCCGCGGCCGCUUCUCCGACGACCGCGUCUCGCUCAUGGAGGAGGUCCACGACCACGAGGAGUGGGACCGCAUCGAGCAGUUUGACAUGUGCAACCAGUACUCGCACCGCCUCAACGAGCUCGCGGAUGGCCCCGGGUUCCGGCACUACUGGGUCUUCGUGCGCCACCCCAGGUGGCGCCCCGACGAGAAGCCCUGGGAGCAGUGGACGCUCUCGGCCGAGGUCGCUGUCCAGGCCGGCAAGGAAGAGCGGCUUGAUAAGUGGAGCCUUAUGGGCAGGUUUGGCAACCCGACGCGCGAGCUCAUCACGCGAUGUGCGGCCUGGACGCGCCCUGACAUCAUAUACGUCAAGCGGCCGCUGUACCAGUCGCGGUUUGAGCCGCAGGAGGAUUUCUUCAAGAAGCUUCGUCCAUUGGUUGAUCCCGCCACGGAGGGCAAUUUCUUAUUCGAUCUUGAGUUGGAUGGUCAGGUCAUUCGAACAACCUACUUUGGUGGUCUCUGCAGGAUAGUGAAGGCCAACCCAAAGGCUUAUGUUGAUGAUGUUGUGAACGCGUACUCAAGGCUGAGCGAAGCUGACCAGUCACGAUGCCUGGAAUUCCUGCUCAAGAACCAUCCUAUGGAGCUUCUGCAUCCUUAUACCAAGGAGUGGAAGGUGAAACUAGAGGAGAUGGAGCUUGGAUGUGAUGCGCCUGAUGAGAGUGACGAUGAUGUUGGUGAUGACGAUGAAAAUGACAUUGUCGAUUGGAUCAAGGACGAUGAGGCUGAUGAUGUUUUGGAUGGUGGAGACAGUGAUUAUGAGGAUGAGGAUGUGGUUGAUACCAAUGAGGAUUUAGAAGCAGAUGAAGUUGAAAAUAGUGAGGACAGCGAAAAGUACUGGGAUGAGCAAUGGAAGAAGGCUCUGAGAAGUUCUGAUAAAAUGGAGAAGCUGGUCAGGACGAGCAUCGAGGCAUCAAAUGAGCACAUUAAACAGCAGAUGGAACUUGAGAAAGAGAUGGAAUGGAAAAUGGACAGAGCAAACGCCAUGGUUAUGGAACAGGAACAAACUGAGAAAGAUGAGGAGGAGCAGCAUAGCACAAAGAGCAGAAGUGCAGAGGAUAGAAGUCAGAGCGAUGCAAACACAGGGCUCUUCCUGAGGGCUGCUGUCCGGCCAUUCACUUAUAGGAAUCUUGUCAAGGAAAUUGUUCUGUUGAGACACUAUAUUAUUGAUGGCGAGAUAGUUUAGAUUCAAUAUAAUAGGAUGCUGUAUUCAGUUUUUCAGAAUAGCCAUUUCACAAGACAAAUGCAGAGAUUGCAGGACUUGGUUCUGUACAAUAUUAGGAAUUUUGAGAUGUUGACCUGUUGUCAACAAUUUCUGAAGUUGUAUCGUAGGGAAUAGUAGUGAUCAUGUAAAACUUAUAACAGGUUUAAUCACCCAUUCAGAAUAGAAGCUAUUAUAUUUCCGA